AUGAUGUCAACAUCAGUAACAGGACUGCACAACAUGACCGAGCUGGUCUAUAAUGUUACUAUCAGUGAUUUAGAGAACUCAUCUUCGCUCUCCACAAAGACAGCCGAAUCUCUCAGAGUAACCAGAUUAAUUGUAAAACAAAUUCUAAUUCCUAUCAUUGCUACAGCUGGGAUUGUUGGAAACAUUUUGAAUAUUAUCGUACUGCGAAACCGGAAGAUGCGCAGUUCUACAAACGUCUACUUGUCUGCUCUAGCGGUGUGCGACAUGCUUUACCUGAUUUUUACUUUGACCUUAUCCUUCAUUCAUUGCAACAUUUCCGACCAGCCUAAAUCGGCCUUCUACUUCAUACCUCGAGCUCGAGUCCUCUCGGAUCUGUUCGGGAACACUGCUGUUUGGUUGACUGUCGCCUUUACAAUUGAGAGAUAUAUCGGUGUCUGCCACCCAAUGCGCGGAAAAGUCUGGUGCACUGUGGGCAAGGCCAAAAUACUGUCAGUCAUCGUCCUCGUGGUUUCUUUUGUGAAUACAUUCCCGGAGUUCUUUGAAAUGGACAUAGCGGAAUCGUCUACCAAUGGAACGACUUCUUAUUCCUGCGAACAAACAGCCUUUGGGAAAUCCGAGUCGUAUUCAAUAGGUUACUACUGGUGGUACGUAACUUUCUUCACCCUAGUCCCGUUCGUUUUUCUUUUUGUUUUCAACAGUAUAUUAAUCAAAUCUGUGUGGAAGGCCAACAAACGGAGACAUCAGUUGUCAAAUUUCUCCGUGGUGGGCGAAAACUCGAGACAGCAAAGUGAGCAACACAAAGUCACCACCAUGCUGAUUACUGUGGUGUUAAUCUUCCUUCUAUGUCAGCUUCCCUGGACCGUUCUACUAAUGUAUAGGACCUACCUAGACGCCAAUAACUUCCUUAAAUCGCAGACAACCUUCAUCCUCAUAUCAGGAAAUAUAUGUAAUCUAUUGGUGAUUAUCAAUGCUUCGGGAAACUUUCUGCUUUACUCGUAUUUCAGUAGCAGAUUUCGUAGAACAUUUGCUAAAGUGUUUUGUGGAUGGCGGAAAAUACGGAAGACGUCACGUGGAACCGGUAGUAGCAGGUGGAGAUCCUCGAGAUACACCAGCAGUAGCACCACAACUACUACGUCAUCCUGCCGAUCAAAACGAGGCACGUUGUCAGAUUCAAGUAAACGCUUGAGAUUACAGACUGAAUAAUAUUUUAUUGUGUGUAUCAAAUGUCGUAAUUUUAAUCAGCCUUUAAAACAGGUUGGAAAAAAAUAUUGAUAAUAAAAAAAAAAAAAAUUGAUCUUCGAUUAAUCUUCAAUUAGUGCAAGAGAUAAUUAUUU